GUUAGCAGCUCAGCCCCGAGUCUCCGGGGUAAGACCUCCCACUUGACUCGAACCCCCGACUCCAGUAAUGCUUCUUCCUUCUCCACUCUCGGUCACCCGGGAGUCCGAGCGGAACUGGACUGGGCGGUCCAGCCCCUUCACCACCCAGGGCUAGGACCCGGCGUGGAGAGAAGCUGAAGGAUGCGGCGGCAGCGCCUGGCGCACUGCAAGUGCAGGAGACGCGCCAGCCACCUCGGCCGCCGCGCCUGUGACCUCUAGUUUCAGCUGAGAACCUAGGCGGCGGAGUUAUUGAGAAGCCCACGGAACUGACUAGCGAAAGGAGACAAGCCUGUGGUCUCCAUGAUCCUUCCGUCCUCCGUUCUCGCCCUGGUCCGCUCCAUGCUAGAAAGCUGCGCUCAGGAGCUCGGGCGAGGAGAGCCAUGGAGGAACCCGGCGCUCGAUGCGCCCCGCCGCCGCCCGCGGGCUCCCAGACCCAGACACCUCCAGCCAACCUCUCCCACAACUGCAGCGCGGACAGCUACAUCUACCAGGACUCCAUCGCCCUGCCCUGGAAAGUCCUGCUAGUUGCGCUGCUGGCGCUCAUCACCUUGGCCACCACGCUCUCGAACGCCUUUGUGAUCGCCACGGUGUAUCGGACCCGGAAGCUGCACACCCCGGCUAACUACCUGAUAGCCUCUCUGGCCGUCACUGACCUGCUCGUGUCCAUCCUGGUGAUGCCCAUCAGCACCAUGUACACGGUUACUGGACGCUGGACACUGGGCCAGGUGGUCUGCGACUUCUGGCUGUCGUCGGACAUCACCUGUUGCACCGCUUCCAUCAUGCAUCUCUGUGUCAUCGCUUUGGACCGCUACUGGGCCAUCACGGACGCCGUGGAGUAUUCGGCUAAAAGGACUCCCAGAAGGGCGGCUGUCAUGAUCGCGCUGGUGUGGGUCUUCUCCAUCUCUAUCUCGCUACCGCCCUUCUUCUGGCGGCAGGCCAAAGCCGAGGAGGAGGUGCUGGACUGUCUAGUGAACACCGACCACGUCCUCUACACGGUCUACUCCACGGUGGGCGCUUUCUACUUACCCACCCUGCUCCUCAUCGCCCUCUAUGGCCGCAUCUACGUGGAAGCCCGCUCUCGGAUUUUGAAACAGACGCCUAACAAGACCGGCAAGCGCUUGACCCGAGCCCAGCUGAUAUCAGACUCCCCUGGGUCCACGUCCUCGGUCACCUCCAUUAACUCCCGGGCUCCGGACCUGCCCAGUGAGUCCGGGUCUCCUGUGUACGUAAACCAAGUCAAAGUGCGAGUCUCAGACGCCCUGCUGGAAAAGAAGAAACUCAUGGCCGCUAGGGAGCGCAAAGCCACCAAGACCCUGGGGAUCAUUUUAGGAGCAUUUAUUGUAUGCUGGCUGCCCUUCUUCAUCAUCUCCCUGGUGAUGCCUAUCUGCAAGGAUGCCUGCUGGUUCCACAUGGCCAUCUUUGACUUCUUCAAUUGGCUAGGCUACCUAAACUCCCUCAUCAACCCCAUCAUCUACACCAUGUCCAAUGAGGACUUCAAACAAGCAUUCCAUAAACUGAUUCGCUUUAAGUGCACAGGUUGACUUGCCAAUUGCAGUGGGGUCGCCUAAGCGACUUUUGGGGACCAAGUUGGGUCUUCCCACAGGUAGGUCAAAUCUUCUUUCCCUGUUACUGGGUGGAAGCAAGGCUCUCUCUCCUGGGCGAGGGCAAAUGGAUCCUGAAAAGCCAGGAAGCUCUGGGAGAGAGCUCUGGAAGGAGAACUGUUCAAACUAAUGUAAAGCUCUACUGAGGAGAAGGUUGGCCUCCUCCUCCCAAACCCCAGGCUCAGCACAGAUCCUCCAGCAGCCAAUCACACAGAGGGUUGCAACUUUUUAACACUGAUGAUCGAUGAGGGAUCCCUGCCCCGUUUGGUAUCAUGGAUGUUGCUGUUUAAGCCAUUGACACUUGUAGUUGUUGUCUGAAGCCUGUCUGAGACAGAAUCUGCAUACAGCCUGACAGUACUUGAACUAGACGCUUACUACCCUGUGCUUUGGGGAGAACUUUGUGUUAGAGCUUAAUUUUAGAACAGUUACUUUGGCACCCUUCAGUCUUCAUUUGUUUAUUUCAAUUUGGUUGGAGAAACUUGUGGAUUUGGUGCUUCAAACACUAAAGGUGGCUUGGAUGGCACAGAGAAACCUUGAAGAGUUAACAGCAAAAUUCUGAUGCUAAGAUAUCUAUUUUUAUUACAAUUGAAAACUAUAUGGGGAUGGGU